GACCAAGUUCAAAGGUCGCGUCGCCGUCUCCCCACAAUGCGCCGCGGCAUCGCAAUGGAGGCGCGCGGCUGAGGAGCGGAGCGCGGCGCUCGAGUUGGAAGCGGCGGCGGCUGCCGGGCCCAGCGGCCCCUCGACGAUCGUCCCAGGCUCGGCGAGCGGCCGCGGUCAGUUGGAAAGCGAACGCGCCGGGGUGUCGCUGGUUGGGAGGUGGUUGCGGCACGCCGGACAUGUGAGCCGGGUGCUCGUGGCCACUGCUUUUCCUGCUCUGUCUCCACGCCCUGUUGCCUGCGGGCGCGAGCGAGCAGUCAUGGCUGGCUACGGGGACGAGCCGCGCUACACCAUCGAGCAGAUCGACCUGCUGCAGCGGCUGCGUCGCUCGGGCAUGAGCACGCAGCAGAUCGUGCAGGCGAUGGACACGAUGGAGCGGCUGGACCGCGAGCACGGCGAGAAGUUCGGGCGACGCGGAACGUCGGGAGCGGCUGCCGAGCCCGCCGGAAACUUUGGGGCGCCAUCGUCGUCGUCGACGCCGUCGUCGCAUUUCACGCCCAUGAGUGGGGCGGCGCAGACGCGCGACAUCAAGACGCAGUACGGCAGCCCGACGUCGUCACAGGGCCACAUGUACGAGCCGUCGCCACCGCCCUGCAACCCGAGCACCACGAACCACGCGCUGCGCGAAACGCCCACUGCCCUGCCGCACGAGCGCCUCGCCAACGGUUUUGCCUCCCCGCGCUACUCCGGCGGCAGUGGCGGCACACCGUACGGCUUGGCCCACCUACGCCUGUGCAGCUUUGAGGCGAGCGAGGAAGACCUGGAGCUGGAGGAGCGGGUUGAGGACCUGACAAGGAGGGACAGUGUCACGGUCAAGGAGGAAAUCAGGGCAUUCCUGGCCAGCAGGCGCAUCUCCCAGGCCAUCGUGGGACAGGUCACAGGAAUUAGCCAGAGCUACAUCUCUCAGUGGCUGCUGCAGCAUGGGCUCGACAUGAGUGACGGGAAGAAGAGGGCCUUCUAUCGCUGGUACCUGCUGGAAAAACACAAUCCAGGAGCGACCCUGAGCAUGCGGCCUGCACCCAGCCCCCAGCAGCAGCAACAACAGCAACAGCAGCAGCAACAACAGCAACAGCAGCAGCAGCAGCAGCAGCAGCAGGACGAGAUGUUGGACUGGCGCACGGGCACCCCUGCAUCGCUUCGCGUGCGGCGCGGCAGCCGCUUCACCUGGCGCAAGGAAUGUCUGACCGUCAUGGAGAGCUACUUCAGUGAAAACCAGUACCCAGAUGAAGCGAAGAGAGAGGAGAUAGCCAACGCCUGCAAUGCUGUCAUCCAAAAGCCUGGCAAGAAACUGUCCGAGCUGGAGCGAGUCACGCCACUCAAGGUGUACAACUGGUUCGCAAACAGGCGGAAGGAGAUCAAAAGGCGAGCCAACAUAGAAGCAGCGAUACUGGAGAGUCACGGCCUGGAGGUACAGAGUCCCGGCGUUCACUCCAUCUCGGACGACGUGGAGGGCCCCGAGUAUUCGGAGCAGGACGAGAGCCAGAGCGAGCACCAGCCGGACCCCAUCUCACUGGCGGUGGAGAUGGCGGCCGUGAACCACUCCAUCCUGGCGCUCGCCAACCAAGGUGGCGGUGGCGGCGGCAGCGGCGGCGGCGGCGGCGGCGGCAGCGUCAAAAUGGAAGCGCCCGAAUUCGAAUGAAAUGGCGAUGGAGAAAAACAUAAAUGGAAUGUUAAAAAAAAAAAAGCAAAGGCGCUGCGUGGCACGCUGGAGGGGAACAUCCACGGUGCGACGCUGUUCGGUCGCGUGUGCAGCCAAAGACGCACGUGCGAGCAGCAGUGUUUGAUGCUUGUCGUAAGGAUCCUUUCGGGCGUGCGUAGGCGGCGUUUCCUACAAAUGGCCUUAACGCUACACCUGAUGGGGGUGUGUGUUGUUCGUACAUGUCGGGAGAGUCCGGCUAACCGCUGGGGCACCUCUUGCACGCGGACUGCUGGUUUAGAAUUCUACGGAUGAUGAUGAUGAUGAUGGCAACAGAAGCGCUGGCAAACAUGCGUUACAUGGUGUACUUGCCUGGUCUGAAACUGGACGGGCGAGCUCGUCUGCUGAGAUGUGUUUUUUUUUGCACUAUCGGAUGCCAAACAUUUAUGCUCGCAUCUGUACGCUGAAUCUACACCACUCUGCCCGCUGAUGAGAAAUACCAACGAGACAACACUUGAAUCAAUCUCCAAGCAGAAAGCCCCCCCCCCCCCCCCCCGUGUGCGCGCCAAUUUAUUUUCAAACUUAAGUCUGCAUUGUCUCGCGCAGUCUGGAAAAACAACCUGCGUAGAAUGCAAAGAAUGAUCCGUUUGUACACAAGUCAAGCACCUUUGCUAACAUCGUGUGUAUAAAGUAUACGUUGCCUUUAUUUAGCAUAUGCAUAGGGUAUGACCAAUGCCUUGUCAAAGCGGUUAGGGCAGUGAGGCUCUGUGGUGGCGUUGUGUUCGCCCCCCCCCCCCCCCCUUCCUGGGCCCCCAGCUAAAAACCCAACCGAACCCCUAGCCGACAGUCACCGGGGUGGUUCUUUGCCUGCGCUGCCGCGUCGAGGUAGUCUGUGCCGCCACCAAAAAGCCUCGAGGGGUGGGGGCGGAGGGGGGGGCGCCCCCCACGGCCCUCGCCGUCGGCGUGCGGUCACUUGGACACGAGAGAAUGUACGCCCACUGCCCUUCUGCCGCGUCGCGCUCUCUGGGGGAGACGCGCUCCGUCCGCAAGCCGAAGACGAUCCGAUUGUAAAGGCCGGGACGAGGAGGAGGGCCGCCCCCCCCUGCCGGACCAAGGACGUGCGUAAUUAAACGAGGAUCAAUCUCUGCUAUUUACGAAGUCUGAGCCUCCACUAAUAAUUACGGGGGGGGGGGGGGGGGGCGGCAGGGGGCCGGACAAUGACAGAUGUGGCGUCAACUAUAAUGGGUGAGAAGGAUGGUGGGGGUGGGCACCGCACACCCCGGCUGGCCUCGUCCCAUUGGUCGGCGUAAUUGCGCGUUUCGUCUGCUCGUCCCGACAAAGGUGACGCGCGAAAAAAACAAUCCCAUAGCACGAAGGCUGAACAGGGGUGCUGGGGUGGGGGGGAGGCAGUGGGUGGUGUACUGCGCACAGAUUUAUUUUACAUUUUGCUGCUCUGUGUAGUCGGUUAAUGAUGAUUGAUAAAAAAAAAGCAAAAUGUUCUCCACAUUUCACUGUAACGGUUGGGUCCAGUUUUAUUUCAGAUGAGGUGCUGUGCUAAUUUACUUGACAAGGUAUUGAUCCAAUCUCUUAAUCACCUUUGGGUACAGUGGGUCCAUUUGAUCGGCAUUUAACGGUUUGCAAGGUGACUUUAACGGUUUCUUUUCUGUCACGUUUGUCAAAACUCAACGUGUAAUUUUUCCCUACGCGGUUCGUAAUAUUAUUUUACACUCGGCAUACUCUCACAUGCAGCAUCGCCGUUUAUCCUGCGCACGACUCAUUACGCAGUGGCUGGAUGCCCUUGUUUAUGUUUAUAUCAUCCGAAGCCUCACUUAAAUUGCGUAACGUUUGUGUGGCCACCCCUAACGCCACUCUGCGGCUCACUUAGCUGCCUCUCCCUCUUCCCUCCGCUCUCAUCGCCCUCUCUCGCAUCCCUGACAUGGCAGUCCUCCCCCUUCCUGCCAGGCGCUCCUCCCUGCUGUUCAUCUUGAGCCGUGCCCUCAGUGUCCUUCUUGGGCACUUCCAUCUCGGAAUCCUUUCCCGUUCUUUUUUUCCAUCCACCCGUCGACGACUACUCGCCAUCCCUUUGGUGUGUCCAUGGGUAAAAAAAAGUGUUGAGAUCCGAUAUUCAGAGCACACAACCAAGUAAGACGAUUACGGCUUGAUCUAGAAACGUGGUCAAGGAUGAGCAAACAUUAAAAUAAGCAGAUGAAAUUGAGGAACUUUUAACACCAGUUUAUUAAAUAUGUAGACUUUUUAUUUUUGCAAACGCGAAUUAAGGCUCAUUGCGUUUGACUGUACAUACCUUUCCCUCGGUUGCUGUAAUCUUGUGUGGUUUUUUUAAGCUUUCCAUCUGCUCGCCGGAUAGCCUAGGAAGACGAAUGCAGGCUUAGCAAGCUGGAACAGCCACAAGCUCGCUUGGAUUUGUUGAACCGUGCAAAUCUUGCCACAGCUUGUUCAUAUUUGGGGACUGAGAUAGUACCAAAGUGCUCUGUUUGCCGUAGAAGGGAUAUUAAAGACCCUCUGAAAUCUGCCAGGAGUAGACCCUUACGUGCCAAUGCCCAGGCCAAAAAAAAAUAACCCAAUUCCUUUCAUGGGAAAUGCGUGUGCUUGUUAAAGAUAAUGUGUUUUUGCAUCAUCACCUUAGGUUUGGUUUCCUUCAGAUUAGAUGCACAAUGUCCUCGACAAGUUACAUGGAAUGUGGCAAGCAGGCCUGAGCCUGGAUCGUACUUGGACAGGUGGAUAAAGAGGUCGUGAAGAGGCUCGUGGGGUUGUGGGUCGCACAGCAGCGAGCAGUGCCACAAAUCCAUGCCCGUGCUCGACCACUGUGCUGCUUGCAUCACUACGCCCUCGCCUGCAAACUGCAAUGACGAGCGUGGCGAAGCAUGGUUGAAUAACAGUCCACGGCUUUGGGCGUGGGAGGACGUCCCUAUCCAGCAGUGGAUUUGUCCCGUAGACGGAUUGGGUUUGAAUGGAAAUGAAACGCGGCGUGUUCUCUGCAGUGGCGGCGGCCGUAAGCCAGCGUUGUGUUACACGAACAGCUGUGAGGACGGGCAGAGGCGAAGUUCCAAAUCUCCCCCCACCCACACUAACGAAAUGUACGGUCGCCUUGGAUUCAGCUUCUGAUGACGUCGUGUUGAAAGGUAAUACGCCUGCUGAGGCUGCAGGUGCGUCUCGAUACAGUUUUAGUUAACGGGUUCGAAUCGCGCUGGUCUUUCGGAAAAUACUUUUCCAAAGUUAGAGCAAAAAAAUCCAAUAAUCCACGAGUGCCUUUUUAUUCGUGGAUUCUUGCCGCUUUUGCAACUGGCCCCGUAAUCGGCGGCACACCGCGCCUGCCCUCCCCCCCCAUAUAUCAAUGCAGACGAUUGAGAUUUCUGGUUGUAUCUUUCGUCGUUAGCAUUCCCCUUUUUAAUCGGUGGUCAGUUUUACACCCGUCACUUCAACCUGUCCCCCUUUGCCCGACCCGUAACUCGCGCAAGGCUGUGUUGUUUCGCGCCACUGGGGAAGUUGACGAUUGUGUUCGGCAUGCAAACGGCGCGUCGAUUCAUGAGUCCAGUCGAGUUUUACGCUCGCGCGCGUCCCAUCAUGAAUGUGACAGCCUAUUAUAAUGUAUGCAAAUUACCUGUACGGUAUACAUUUCCAUUACGUGCGGGUUAAUACAGUGAACAAAACUGCACGAAUGAGACGAAGCUACUCGACACAAAUACGGGACAGAAUGUUAAUCCUGGAGACCCUCGAAUAAUGCCAAUUCAUCGAAUCUUCUUGGCAGAUGAGAUCAUCGCAGGCCUAAUCGUUAUUCACCAUUGCACCUUAAUCUUGGACCUCACAAGACUGCGCUUAAAGCGAGCGAGAGAGAGAGAAAACCAAAGUUUUGUGGCUGUGGAAGGUCACCUCUCGGCGGGGGGGGGGGGGGGGGGGUCACGCAUUGGGCGCCGUGGGCGAGGCGGCGUCUCCUGGCUCUUCCUUGUGACCCCCCCCCCUCCCCCGAACUCGUCUCUGCUCUGUGGCCGCAGGGUCCGCAGGGUCCGCAUGCCGACAUGGAGGUUUGUCUUGGAGCAGGUGGAGUGUUUUGGCGUUGACUCACUUGGGUUGGCCCUAACCCGGCAGCAGGAGUUUGAAACCGCUCGCUUCUCAAGGGGGGGGGGGGGGUGCGAGUCGUCGUGCCGACCGAGCGGCCCACCUUGCAUAGUUUUCUACUGCUCGCUGAAGCGUUCUUUUUCAGUGUAACUAUUUAUAUGAAUGUUAACAUUCAUUUUGUUGGGGAACUUUAAUUUAAUUUUAAACAAUUUGUUCUGUGUGUGUGCGCGCGCGUGCGUGUGUGGUGCAGUGGCUUUUGUGCACUGCUGAGAUCUGGAUAAUCCUGGGGUUCGAUCCCUGGUAAUGGAUCCCAUCGGUGGCGCGUAUCUCAGUUGCUAUCGAGGCCCUCCCCAGAUUCAACUCACCUGUGAUGAGUAUCUGUUGAGUAUGUGAUGAGUGUCUGAUGAGUAUCUGUUGAGUAUCUGAUGCUGUGCAUUCACGCUGCGAUGGGGGGGGGGGGGAGAGACAAAGGUGGCCGAGCAUAUUGCCGAACCAAUCGUACGACCGAUCCCCUCGUGCUGUGUCCGCCUUCACAGGUCUCUCGCUCGCCCCAACAGUCUUGAGAGGGGGGGGGGGGCAUACGAUGGGGCUGGUGUGGGUUGGGAGAGCUUUGCGUGCGUGAAAGUCUCGCGGUGUGGUCUGUGGUCUGCAUCGUCGGCGAGUUGUGCCGUGCAGAAUGACGGGAGAUUGCCCGGUGCCACUGUGACGAGGUAACUUGUGAACGCCGCUGUCGGGUGUUUUGGGGGGCAAGAGUCCCAAAAAGAAACUAAGGUGCCCCCCCGUGCAACCGUCUUUGUUACUUUGCCUGAUGGUUGGUUGCCGACUGUGGACUCACUUUACACUCACUCACACUGGGGCAUUGACUGUUCAAUCAGAAUUUCUUUACAAUAAAAGCGUUGGUGGUAUUUGUAGUAUAACGGGCUUAUAGUAUUACACUGUAACGUAUUUACAGAUUUGCAAAGGUUCAUUUAAAUGAAAACCUAUGAUUUUUAUACUAAUGUGUUAAAUUUGUGUAAUGUUUAGUCAUAUUAAUUUUUAAAGGAGAAUUGUUAUGGGGGGUGGGGGGGGGGGAUAACUAUAGAUUGUGUUGCAGUCUUGUAGGUUAUGAAGUUUAUUGAAAUCUAAGUUUAGUUCUUUGUAUUUUUUCUAAAAAAUAUAGUUAUUUUUACUAGCAUUGUUCGUAGCUAUACGCUUAUCUACUGGUCAUCGAGUAAAGUGUUAUCAGGACUUGUCAUGUUUGCAUUUGCUUGGAUAGUGUAAUCUAUAAAUUGAUGGUUAAACCGAGAGUAAAGUUACCAGUGGUGGCCCGAGCUGUCCUUCCAAAUAUUGUCCUGAAUUCCUAUCCGGUGAUUAUACAAAAUGCAGAUUUUUUUUUUAACUCGUGUGUUCCUUUUGCAAACAUCUGCCCAAAAGUUAACGGAUAACUAGGUAAAGCACUUAAGAAACACCAUUGUUAAUGCGCUUUAAACUUAAUCUCGCUGUUGCCAGGAUGUGGCCGGCCUAUUUUUUUUGCGUGGAGAAGGGUUCCAACCCUUCCCCAGGACAAAUGCAGCGCUUCAUACGAAUUGGUGUUGUGUUCCCCACGUUGCAGAGUUGUUUUUAAUGCCACACGUAAGGUGUGGCUAGUGGCAUCAUGAUUACACCUGUUGCACAUCCAACUCUUGAUUGUGUCGCCUUGCAGGUCCACACCCACCACCUGACGUGUGGUAUUUAAAGAACACCCGUAAUUAAAUGCCCUGGAGUUUUUUUGGUUUGCGUAGCACUGCAAACAACACUGUGUCUCAGCAUCUAAUUGAUGCUGCUUCAUAUCGACACCCGUGUGUGUUAAGAUAAUGGCACAGAUUUCUAAUAUUAAGGCAAUUGAACAUUUAAGAGGGCAAUUCCAAACUCUAAUGUAAUGGCAUGCACUGGUGUAAUUGCACAAGCCAGUCUUUUGUUCCUUCACUCAUGCCACUGCUGUGCAACAUUACUUCCAGAACAUUUGACUUUUAGGAAGUAUUUAAUUUCGUUUCAAUCUACCACUAAUAGAAUUAUGUUUAAAAACGUGUGCAGCAAAUGUGAACCUGAAGAUGGCUGUGCAACAAGCAUUUUAGAUGUAAUGUCUUUAGAAGAUAGGAAGAGUGAUACUACUGCGUAGGUCUUCACGGUUAUAUGGCUGCAUCGCUCUCCGAUGUGUAUGCGGGGUUGUUCCGCGUCUCGUUCGGCAAAAUGUCCCAAUGUUUCACUCCGCGUGCUUUAGAGCUUCUUCGAGGAACUUUUAAUCGAAGAGGCUCCCGCCGCACGCGGAGUGGAACUGAAACUGACGACGCUCCCCCCCGCAACGUGGAACGAAACAUUUGGGCGUUAUUGUGAACAACUCGUGGAGGUGCAACUCGUGGAGAACGCGUGGGAGAACUAUCGAUAAAGUGCUUUCGAGAGGGAUAUUGUGGCAACUUUCUUUUGAGAGUGAGCGUGACAUUAGUGGAAUAUUGCGUUGGUGGGAGCGGGAAAAAAAGCCGGUAACUUUUUUCUUUUAACAUUUAAAUGGUUUUCAAACCAGCAGGGCAUACCACCAAAAACAUAUGACUGUGGAUCACAUGUACACUGGGCACAGAUUUUAUGAUGUUGCAAAGUUGCGGCUUUGGGAUGUGAAAAUACAAGUUUUCCCGGCACGAGUCAUUUUAAUUAUGCUUUUACUAAUUGUCUCAAGGCCGAAUGAUUUAUUUAAUUCCGUGUAAGGGUGGCCCAGAAGAUAUUUGGUUGUCGUGUUCUCAAGGACAUUCUUCCAUAUAUGUAGCUGUCUUUUUAGUUUGGGAGUUUGUUCAGACGGCAUAUAUGUAGUGCGUUCCUAUUUUCGACAUUUGGUUUAACACUAUUCUACUGUGCUACGUUUUUGCUUUUUAUCGUGUUGGUUUAAAAAAAAAGGCAUUUGGAGUUUUCGUUUUUUGUGGAUUGUAACGUUCCAUCCAUUACCCCGGACGUAGUACGCUGCUGUGUAAAUAAAGUGUAGCGGCCUCCUAUAUACA